CGCUGCGCUGGGGUGCUGCGGCCCUGGCUGGAAGUGAGUGGACCCGGCUGGGAGGAGACGCGGAGUUGAGUCUAGCUGGCGGGGCUGGCCGGAGCAUGGCGGACCAGAUCCCUCUGUACCCGGUGCGCAGCGCGGCGGCCGCCUCAGCCAGCCACAGACGCGCGGCCUACUACAGCGCCACCGGGCCCGGGCCGGGUGCCGACCGGCGCGGCAGGUACCAGCUGGAGGAUGAAUCUGCCCAUUUGGAUGAAAUGCCACUGAUGAUGUCUGAAGAAGGCUUUGAGAAUGAUGAAAGUGAUUACCACACUUUACCCCGAGCUAGGAUAACACGGAGAAAAAGAGGACUAGAGUGGUUUGUGUGUGGUGGAUGGAAAUUCCUCUGUACCAGUUGCUGUGAUUGGCUGAUAAAUGUUUGUCAAAGGAAGAAAGAACUGAAAGCUCGAACAGUAUGGCUUGGAUGUCCAGAGAAGUGUGAAGAAAAACAUCCUAGGAAUUCUAUAAAAAAUCAGAAAUACAAUGUAUUCACCUUUAUACCUGGGGUUUUGUAUGAACAAUUCAAGUUUUUCUUGAAUCUUUAUUUUCUGGUAGUGUCCUGCUCACAGUUUGUGCCAGCAUUGAAAAUUGGCUACCUCUACACCUACUGGGCUCCUCUGGGAUUUGUCUUGGCUGUUACUAUUGCACGAGAAGCGAUUGAUGAAUUUCGACGUUUUCAGCGAGACAAUGAAAUGAAUUCACAAUUAUAUAGCAAGCUUACAGUAAGAGGGAAAGUGCAAGUUCAGAGUUCAGACAUACAAGUUGGAGACCUCAUCAUAGUGGAAAAGAACCAAAGAAUUCCAUCAGAUAUGGUAUUUCUUAGGACUUCAGAGAAAGCAGGUUCAUGCUUUAUCCGCACGGACCAGCUAGAUGGUGAGACCGACUGGAAGCUGAAGGUGGCGGUGAGCUGCACACAACGGCUACCAGCCCUAGGGGACCUUUUUUCUAUCAGUGCCUAUGUUUAUGCUCAAAAGCCACAACUGGAUAUUCAUAGUUUUGAAGGAACAUUUACCAGGGAAGACAGUGACCCUCCCAUUCAUGAAAGUCUCAGUAUAGAAAACACAUUGUGGGCAAGCACCAUUGUUGCAUCAGGUACUGUAAUAGGUGUUGUCAUUUAUACUGGAAAAGAAACUCGAAGUGUAAUGAACACAUCCAAUCCAAAAAAUAAGGUUGGUUUGCUGGACCUUGAACUCAAUCAGCUGACAAAGGCACUAUUUCUGGCCUUAGUAGUUCUUUCUGUGGUGAUGGUAACCUUACAGGGAUUUGCAGGUCCAUGGUACCGUAAUCUUUUUCGGUUCCUCCUACUCUUUUCCUACAUCAUUCCCAUAAGCCUGCGGGUGAACUUGGACAUGGGCAAAGCAGCAUAUGGAUGGAUGAUUAUGAAAGAUGAGAAUAUUCCUGGGACAGUUGUUCGGACCAGCACAAUACCAGAGGAACUUGGACGCCUGGUGUACUUACUGACAGACAAAACAGGGACUCUCACUCAGAACGAGAUGGUAUUCAAGCGACUCCAUUUGGGCACUGUCUCCUAUGGAACAGACACUAUGGACGAAAUCCAAAGCCACAUCCUCAAUUCCUACUUGCAGGUACACUCCCAAGCAAGUGGGCACAACCCAAGUUCCGCUCCACUGAGAAGAAGCCAGUCUUCAACUCCUAAAGUUAAGAAAAGUGUCAGCAGCCGGAUCCAUGAAGCAGUGAAAGCCAUUGCCCUUUGUCACAACGUCACUCCUGUGUACGAGGCGCGAGCUGGAGUCACUGGAGAGACUGAGUUUGCUGAAGCAGACCAAGACUUCAGUGAUGAGAACCGCACCUACCAGGCCUCCAGUCCUGACGAGGUGGCGCUGGUGCGAUGGACGGAGAGUGUCGGACUCACUCUGGUCAGCAGGGACCUUGCUUCCAUGCAGCUGAAGACCCCCAAUGGCCAGGUCUUGAACUACUGCAUCCUACAGAUGUUCCCCUUCACCUCCGAGAGCAAGCGGAUGGGCAUCAUUGUCAGAGAUGAAUCCACAGCAGAAAUCACAUUCUAUAUGAAAGGGGCUGACGUCGCAAUGUCCAGCAUUGUCCAGUACAAUGAUUGGCUAGAAGAGGAGUGUGGAAACAUGGCACGCGAGGGGCUGCGGACCCUUGUGGUGGCGAAGAGGACUCUGACAGAAGAACAGUACCAGGACUUUGAAAGCCGAUACAGUCAGGCCAAACUGAGCAUCCAUGACCGGACCCUGAAAGUCGCUGCAGUGGUGGAAAGCCUGGAGAGGGAGAUGGAGCUAUUGUGCCUCACUGGGGUGGAGGACCAGCUGCAAGCUGAUGUGCGGCCCACUCUUGAGAUGCUGCGGAAUGCAGGGAUCAAGAUCUGGAUGCUGACAGGUGAUAAACUGGAGACAGCUACCUGCAUUGCCAAAAGCUCACACUUGGUGUCCAGAACUCAAGACAUCCAUGUCUUCAGGCCAGUGACCAAUCGGGGAGAGGCCCAUUUGGAGCUGAAUGCGUUCAGAAGGAAGCACGACUGCGCUCUGGUCAUAUCCGGGGACUCUCUGGAGGUCUGCCUGAGGUACUACGAGCAUGAACUUGUGGAGCUGGCCUGCCAGUGCCCUGCUGUGGUCUGCUGCCGCUGUUCACCCACCCAGAAGGCGCACAUCGUGACCCUAUUGCGUCAGCAUACCAGAAAGCGCACCUGUGCCAUUGGUGAUGGAGGAAAUGAUGUGAGCAUGAUCCAGGCAGCUGACUGUGGGAUUGGGAUUGAAGGGAAGAGGCUCCUUGUGGUUCUUCAGGAGGGGAAGCAGGCUUCACUGGCAGCCGACUUCUCCAUCACACAGUUCAGACACAUCGGCAGGCUGCUCAUGGUGCACGGGCGGAACAGCUACAAGAGGUCUGCAGCACUCGGCCAGUUUGUCAUGCACCGGGGCCUCAUCAUCUCCACCAUGCAGGCCGUGUUCUCCUCAGUCUUCUACUUUGCAUCCGUCCCGCUGUACCAGGGAUUCCUCAUGGUCGGGUAUGCAACUAUCUACACUAUGUUCCCAGUGUUCUCCUUAGUGUUGGACCAAGAUGUGAAGCCAGAAAUGGCAAUUCUCUACCCAGAGCUAUACAAGGACCUCACCAAGGGCCGGUCCCUUUCCUUCAAGACCUUCCUCAUUUGGGUUUUGAUCAGCAUUUACCAAGGUGGCAUCCUCAUGUACGGGGCACUGGUGCUCUUUGAGGCAGAGUUCGUCCAUGUCGUGGCCAUCUCCUUCACGGCACUGAUCCUGACUGAGCUGCUCAUGGUGGCUCUGACCAUCAGGACAUGGCACUGGCUCAUGGUUGUGGCCGAGUUUCUCAGUCUGGGCUGCUAUGUCGCCUCACUUGCUUUUUUAAAUGAGUAUUUUGAUUAUGUGGCAACAGGCAAUGAAAUGCAAGUUGAGACUCCCAGCACAAGUGCAUUUCCUGCUAACAUUCUACUGCUUUUUAAUGCAUUUCUCCGGUAUAGGCAGAGUAUCUUUUGGCGCUUUCUUAGAUGUUGCCUUCAUCACAACCGUGACCUUCUUGUGGAAAGUGUCAGCCAUCACUGUGGUCAGCUGCCUUCCACUCUACGUGCUCAAGUACUUGAAGAGGAAGCUGUCCCCUCCCAGCUACUCCAAGCUGUCCUCCUGAAUAUGACAUGAGGCCAGGUAGAAACACUCCUGCGCUGGGCAGCGUGAGGGACUGGCCCUGCUGGUGGGCUUGAGGGCUGAGUUCCCCCGGCUCUCCUCCCGGUGUCUGUACUGUAGCAGCGUGAACAGCUGCUGAAAGGAAGUGAUUGCUUCAGCACGGCUGGGCAGGGUUUAGUUCCUGAGCACCGAAAGCUAAUUUCUGCAGUGUCCCAGCACGCGGCUCCUUCCUUUGAUGGUGUACUGUAGAAAGCCAUUGCUGCUCAGACUGGAGGUGACAUGGCUGCACAUGCCACCGCGCCACAGCAGACAGUGGACCUGCUCGUCCACCCUGACACUGGCACACUCCUCUUCAGACGCAGUUUUGCUUUUCACUGGACACCACACACAUAACAAGCCCAAGUGGCCAAGCAGUGACACUUCUGGUAUCCUAAUUCCGUUGCAGCUAUGAAUGUAAACCGUUCCUCGAGGCACUGCUGUUAGCCGAUACGUUUUUAUACCAUGAAACCAUAUUCAAAGCCGUUUACGUAGAACUCAGCUGUCCUGUGCAACUCACAGCACCACAAUGCUUUGCUUCCUGAGUAGGGGUUCCUAGACGACAUGGCUUUACCUCAGCACUCUGAGCUUGUGAUGGCAGAUCCUCUGUCGAAGGCUGCACUGAGGGCUGGUGGGAGUUCCCUAGGGGCAUGCUGGGCUCAGUUCGCCCCAUGCAUUGUGUGCGUGCAGCUCUGCACUGUGCAGUGUGUCUGCCACACACACAGUGGGCCUUGUGACCUCAGCUCUCCCCACUGUGCUGCAGGCUGUGGGAGUCUCCUUUGCACUAGUUUUUUGUACGUGCCUGUGCUCUUCAGCUUGACUUCCCUCAGAUGUAGGCCCCAAGACCCUGAAUUCCUUGGGGGAGGACAAGCUGCGUGAGCAGAACACUGCGGAUGUCCCCCUCACAGGCUGUGGGUCUGUGCAGGACCCGCCCCAGGCUUCUGUGAGCGCUGCUUUUCAGAGAGAAACUCUGUGGCGUAAAUAAAGCUUCAUUUGUCCCUAUAGUGCCUUUUGACUUG